AUGGUGUUGCACCACGUGCCAAAAUGAAUCAACAACGUGCAAGACGUUUCAGAGCUGCUAAAGAUGCUGGUGAUGAAGCCUCUGAUACAGGGAGAAUAAGAAGGAAUGAUGAAACAGAACGGGAAGAUUUAAGUACUAAAAAGUUGGAUUCAAAUGUUAUUACACCUGGAACGAAAUUCAUGGAACUGCUGUCAUCUGCACUUCAAUACUAUAUACGUUUGAAAGUGAAUGUAGACUCUGGUUGGCAGGGAAUCAAGGUUAUUCUCUCUGAUGCUAGUGUGCCUGGUGAAGGGGAGCAUAAGAUAAUGUCUUAUAUUCGCUUGCAAAGGAAUCUUCCAGGAUUUGAUCCUAAUACACGACAUUGCUUGUAUGGUUUGGACGCAGACUUGAUAAUGCUGGCAUUGGCGUCACAUGAAGUUCACUUUUCAAUUCUAAGGGAGGAUGUCCGCAAAGAUAAAUCAAAGUAUAGAGGUCAACAGAAUAGGCAAGAUAUGUAUAGACAACAAGCAGGUAGGCACUCAAAAAAAGGGGAAGGAGGCGGCAAGGACUUAGAGAACUUAAUAUCAGAACAGAAGUUUCAGUUUCUUAAAGUAUGGGUACUCAGAGAUUAUUUGGGAUACGAACUUCAAAUUCCAGAUCCAACUGUCAAACUAGACCUGGAGCGACUGAUAGAUGAUUUUGUUUUCAUGUGUUUAUUUGUUGGAAAUGAUUUUCUUCCCCACGUGCCAUCUUUGGAGAUAUCAGAGGGAGCCAUUGACUUACUGAUUGAUGUCUACAAGAAGGAAUUUGUCAAUAUGGGUGGCUAUCUUACUAAUUCUUGCCAGGUUAAUUUGGAGAGGGCGGGGCACUUUAUACAAGCCAUUGGUUCUUAUGAGAAUGCUGUCUUUAGGAAGCGUAUCCAGGUACAGAAGCAUUGGGGGAUACACAUGCAACGCCCUACAUUAAAUUUGGCUGUUCAGAAGAAGCAGGACAAAAGUAACCAUGUACAAGCCAAGACCCUUUCUGUGGUUGAUAAGGUUAAAUUAGGAGAAGAGGGCUGGAAAGAAAGAUACUAUUUGGAAAAAUUUGAUGUUCAAACCGAAGAAGAUUGCGUCAAAAUUCAAAGGGAUGUGGUCUUGAAAUAUGUUGAAGGAAUAUGUUGGGUCAUGCAUUAUUACUACCAAGGAGUGUGCUCCUGGCAAUGGUUUUAUCCUUAUCACUAUGCUCCAUUCGCAUCUGAUUUUCAUGAUCUUGACCGAUUCAAAAUCCACUCCACAAUUGGCAAGCCCUUCAAGCCUUUUGAUCAGCUAAUGGGUGUCCUUCCAGCUGCAAGUGCACAAGCACUUCCCGUUUCUUACAGGAAGUUGAUGACAGAUCCAUUGUCCCCUAUUUUAGACUUCUAUCCUAGUGAUUUUGAGCUUGAUAUGAAUGGGAAGAGGCAUGCUUGGCAGGCUGUUUGUAAGCUGCCAUUUAUUGAAGAGAGCCGUCUUCUAUCUGAGAUUGCAAAUGUUGAAGAUACUUUAACGGUUGACGAAAAGCACAGAAACAGUCUCGGCCUUGAUAUGUUGUUUGUUUACUUGUCACAUCCUCUAGCAACGAAGAUCCUUGCUUUUUGUGCAAGGAACAAGGACAAUCCAAAGUUGCCAAAGGCUAAAGUGAAAAGGAAAAUCAAUCCCGAGUUCAGGUGAUAUGAUCAUGGCAGGUGCCAUUCAGGAAGUGGACUUGCUCUUGUUUUAUAUGUUUAUGAGAUUUGAAUAGUUUGGAGAACUGAGGAGUGACUUCACCAUUUUCACUCCGUUGGCACAGAUUAAAAUUGUUGCUUGGAGCAUCGAUUGGUAGAAUCAUGUGCACUCUUUGUGGCUGACUCACUAUAUUUAACUGCGUACAUCACGUAGCAGAUUCAUUCUUUCUUCCCCGUAAACUUGGAUUAAGGAACAUGGGAAAAGCUUUUGCUUCUUCUUAUGUAGUAUCAAGUGAGGCUGUGUUCGGCUAUUGUUCUUUGGGUGGUUAGGUUCCUCUUAUUUGCCUGAGAAGAUUUCAACUACUGGUCGUACCUUAAUUGGAAUGAAGUGUCUCCUUUCUAGCU